UUUCUUCCUUCUUUCGUGUCAAACAAAAGAACGACAUGGUUAAUAUGCCACAAAAGUGCGAAGAAUACGAAUUUAACUCGGUCGAGGAUGCCCUUAAAGAUUUUGCCGAAAACAAGUUUGUCAUUGUCAUGGACAGUGAAGACCGAGAAAACGAAGGCGAUCUGAUAAUUGCUGGUAAAGCAAUCACUACGGAACAAAUGGCUUUCUUGAUUCGGUACUCUAGUGGAUAUAUCUGUGUCCCAAUGACUGGAGAGCGUCUGGACGAACUCCAGCUGCCCUUGAUGGUGCCAAAGAACACAGAGCUGAUGAAAACAGCAUACACGGUUUCGGUCGAUUAUGUCCAUAAUACCAGUACUGGUAUUUCCGCUCAUGACCGUGCAACCACAGCCCGAAAAUUGGCCGAUCCUACGAGCAAGCCAGAGGACUUCUCUCGUCCUGGUCAUAUUCUGCCAUUGCGUGCGGUGGAUAAUGGCGUUUUGGAACGCUUUGGUCAUACUGAAGCAGGCGUUGAUCUGUGCAAAUUGGCAGGUCUCCCACCUGUCGCAUGCAUUGGCGAAUUGCUCAAGGAGGAUGAUCUAACUGGCGGAAUGGCGCGUCGUGACGAUUGCUUUGCGUUCGGCAAGAAGCAUGGCAUCAAAAUGGUCACUAUCAAGGAUUUGAUUGCGCAUAGAAAGCGUGUGGGUUUGUAAAGCAGGAGAAUCCCGACGUGUCUUCCCAACCAUACACAUAUGCUAAACAAUGAUCCAACUACCGACCCCUACAUUUUCAACGGUGUUUAUUUUCGUUUACAAUUAUUACUAUUAUUUCUCUUUUUUUUUGCUAUUGUUUUUCUCAUGUAAAUAGACCUUAAUGGCAUACCUUUUAAUAAAAGGCUGAUAAGCCUAUUAUUAAGUACACUAAA